AGUUACAUUGUAUACACAAAAGUUAAAGCUUAAAUAUGUCGAUUGUUCCACUGUUGAAUUUGGCACGCGAUCUUGAUGCCGCCUACAAUGACUGGGAUCAUUUGUUGGACGAUGAUUUUGGCUUUGGAGUGCAUGCUCACGAGCUGUUCCACCGUCCACGUCUGAUGAUGCCUCAUCAUCUGCAGCGACGUCGCUCUCACUUCAUGCCCUAUGAGAGGAGUCAUCAUCAUCACCCAUUGAUGCCGGUGUCGCGUCGCCGAAACUCCGCUGGCCAAAACGCCUUGUUGCCUAUCAUUGGCAAGGAUGGCUUCCAGGUCUGCAUGGAUGUGGCGCAGUUUAAGCCGAGUGAGCUGUCCGUCAAGGUGGUGGACAAGACGGUCAUUGUGGAGGGGAAGCACGAGGAGCGGGAGGAUGGACACGGCAUGAUUCAACGACACUUUGUGCGCAAGUAUACCCUGCCCAAGGAGUACGAUGGCAACGAGGUUGUCUCGACUGUCUCCUCCGAUGGAGUGCUCACCCUCAAGGCCCCCCCUCCACCCAGCAAGGAGCAGGCGAAGCAGGAGCGCAUUGUGCAGAUUCAACAAACGGGUCCUGCUCACUUGAGUGUCAAGGCGCCAGAGGGCGCCACCGACGGCGGCAAGGGAAAGAGCGAAAAUGGAGCUAGCGAGAAAAUGGAGACCGGCAAGUGAAAAAGUGAGACAGCAGUUAAGAAGACGAUGGGAAUCGGAGUGUUGUCACCCUGCUCGGAGGAGAGUCCAAGACUAAAACCCUACACACACACACACACAUUCAUAUGCGUGCACACCAACACUUAAACAUCGCUCAUUACAUCGCAUUCAAAUAAUAUUCAUCACAUAUUAGCUAUAAGAGAUUUUUAAGCCGCAUCAAUUCAUAAUAAAGUAAGAAUAAGUAUUUUGAAAAUACGAUCCAUGUGUAUUAUUAAUUUGUAAUGUAAAAGAAAAGCGGCAGCACUUAAAUGUCUGU